AUGACGGAGAGCACAGCGAUCUCGAUCUGGAAGACUGGGGCCCCAACACAAUUAUAUAAAAUGACGGGAGGCUACAUCGAGUUGCCCGUGCGCCGAAUUCAAAAGAGCCCCCCAAAGGAUGAAGAGCCUGCGCAGGAUGAGGUGGAGGCAGGCGAAGAUCAGGGCGAGGCUGAGGCGGCAGAAGAGCAGGUCGAGGGAGUAGAAGAGCAGGUGGAGGCAGCAGAAGAGCUAGAGGUGGAGGCGGAGGCGGAUGAGCCGAUUGAGGACGAGCUGGCUGCGGAGCUACACGCAAUUCUAUCAGAGGACGAGAAUGAGGAGAUUAACGAGUACGCAGCCAUGCCGCCGACUCCGAAGCAGGCGGUCCCAACUCCGAAGCAGGCGACUCCGAAGCAGGCCACUCCCAAGCAGGCGAAGCAGGCGACUCCGAAGCAGGCGACUCCGAAGCAGGCCACUCCCAAGCAGGCGAAGCAGGCCACUCCCCAGCAGGCCACUCCAGCGACUGCGAAGGCGACUGCAGCGCCUCACACGCAGGCCACUCCCAAGCAGGCGAAGCAGGCCACUCCCCAGCAGGCCACUCCAGCGACUGCCAAGAAGGCGACUGCACCGCCUCCCAAGCAGUCAACUCCGACUCCAGCGAUGCCGCAGGCGACAAAGCUGCCUUCGAGCUCGAGCGCGUCGUCGAGCAGCGCUGUUGCCAUCGACAAGUUCCCUUUCUACAAGAGUUUGCUUGGCGGGCGCGCCGAAGAGAAGUGCGGAAAGCUGGACAAACAGAUGAAGAAGGCGAAGAAGAAGGCAGCCACGGCCCCGCCCGUAGACGACAACAGCUUCGCCUCGGACAGCAGCAGCACCAGUAGCGACGAGGACGAUGCCAUGGAGCCCGAGGAAAAGAGGAAGCCGCAGGCGAGGAAGCCGCAGACGAGGAAGCCGCAGGCGAGGAAGCCGCAGGCGAGGAAGCCGCAGGCGAGGAAGCCGCAGGCGAGGAAGCCGCAGGCGAGGAAGCCGCAGGCGAGGAAGCCGCAGGCGCAGGCGAGGAAGCCGCAGGCGCAGGCGAGGAAGCCGCAGCAGGCGACGAAGUCGCAGCAGGCCAACUCCUGGCCAGGCGGGUGCAAGCCUGGCAAAUUGAUGGCGAACUUCGAGCUCCGCGGCGAGGCCUGGCGCGCGUCGCAGCGCCACCGCCACACUGAGGGCUGCAGCGGCCUCGUGGUGCAGAAGCUUGGCGGCGACAACAUCAAGAACCAGAUCACGCAGCUGCGCGACAACAUGUGGACGGAUGACUGCCUGCAGAAGUACGGCAUCGAGAGUGGCGACACGCGCACGAUGUCGAUGACGAUCAUGAACCUGCUCGCGCGGAAGACCGCGGAUGAGAAGGGCACGUCGCGCAAGGCCGGCGAGAACUUCAGGGACGCGUUGCUGCAGGAGCUGCAGAUUG